AGCUCAACAUGAUACCAGGGGCAGUGCGAGUGACCAUAGGAGCGCGCAAUGACCACUUGAGAAACGAGGUUGACCAAAAAGCAGUUGCGAACCGACUUCGACUUGGAGCGAAACGACUGGGGGCGAAACAACCGCAGUUCUAGGACAAUCGGAAUCGUCAUGUCCAUGUCCUCAACAAGACGUUUAGCUCGUUUUUCACUUACCAGAUGGCAGCACCAAAGGGUGCCACGUUGGUACUUCGGUGUCCUCUCGACGUCGAAAUUUUCUGAGAAUUUUGGCAAGAAUUUUCUUCGAAAAAUGCUUUAUAUUUGAUGCAGUGCGGAUCAAAACUAUCCUCAUAACAGAAUAUAUGUUGGAAAGAUUCGGUUCUAUGCUUUUGCAGGGUUAUUGUUUGUGUCAAAUGUCCGGUCGAGUGAGAGUACGCCCAAUAUGGAAAUUGAAACAAUGAAUUCCCUGAAGGUUUUCAUUCCACACAAUUUGCUGCUGACACCUAGUGGCUGGUUGCUGGCAUGGCAAGACAACCCGACCGGGACAUUGUGCACUUUGGCAACAAUCCAAUCAACAGGUGAUAAGAGAGACAGGACUCUUCAGCAACUAAUAACACUUUUUCAAGACAAGUACCCAAACUUGACAAUUUUAGGUCUGUGGAAAAAUGACUAUGACAGUUCAGGAUGUCAUUUGAACACAAACAAUGUACAAUUAGAACAAUGGAUUACUCUUCAUAGAAAAGAUUCAGACCUUCCGCUGUGUGAGCUCAAAGGGAAUUGGCCAGCAUCCCUCAAACCUACUGCCAUCAUCUUUGAUUCCAGGCAGGUCUUACAUUCAUGCCCGCUAAUGAGCAAGAUGUCUGAAAUGUCCGAUAAUCCGUCCAACAUUAAAAUCAUCCUCAAAGCUCUGACGAGUUUCUCGGCCGUCUGUCAAAACCUACCAGAUACUUACAAACGCUGUAUAAAGACAUUUGGAGGGGAAUCUCAUUCUGUUUGUGACGCUGAUGAAUUGGACCUGAUCAUCCAUAGUUGCCUCCCACCUGAUCCCUAUCCCCUGCAGCAGUCGGACAUGUCGGAUGCUGGGAUGAUUCCAUCUGUUAUGUCAUGUGCUUUAAUCCUCACAAGCAUCUGGAAAAGACUGCCAGGUUUUUUCCAAAAUGUGUUUUCCAUGCUGAUGGUCUGGGAACAGUUAAAACUUCGAUGUCACCAAGUAAAUAAAGCCCUGUUUGAUAAAGGAGGAACUCCACGAGGUUUGCUCAGGAGGAAGAACAGCCUGUAUCGUUUCCUGUUUGAUAUGGCCUGUGGUGUGUUGCUGAUGGCUGUCCUCUUACAGCAUGACUUGACAAGACUUAUUGCCAAAUCUCUCAUGGAUUGGGCUGAGGUUGUCGGUGAUGAAUUAAGCCUGCUAUUGAAAUGGCUAAUGGGUGUUCCAGCUGGUCUGAAACUCAACAGCCAUCUUGAUCAACUACUGGGCAGUUUCUUUCUGUACCAUAUCUACCUUUGGAAGGGCUACCUGACUAUCCUGCAGCCUGUCUUUGACAAGCUCCUGUGGUACGGUGCCCUGUCUGGUUGUCUUGGUCUGUCCAUGCAGCUCAGCCUCAUGUCAGACCUUCUCUCGAUGCUGACACUCCACAUCUACUGUUUCUAUGCUUACGCAGCAAAGCUCUACUCCCUCCAGAUUCAAACCCUCGCCUCGCUGUGGCGGCUCUUCCGAGGCAAGAAACAGAACCCAUUGCGUAAACGCGUAGACUCCACCUCAUACGAUGUGGAUCAGCUCUUCAUUGGAACACUGCUCUUCACCAUACUGCUCUUCCUCCUCCCAACAACUGGAGUUUAUUACAUCGCAUUCACAAUGCUGCGGCUGGUGGUAAUCAUCAUCAAUGGUUGUCUCGGAUGGAUGGUGUCGUUUAUCAAUACUUUGCCUGUUUACAGCCUGAUAGCUAGAGGUCUUCAUUUAGCAGAGAUGGCAGGUGAUCUUAGAUUUUCAAUCUGGCCACAUCAUGAAGGAAGACCACUUUACCUUUCCUUACAGGUCAUACAGUGUCCAUUAUCGGAGGUCUAUCAUCUGUACAAGGAAUCUGAUGGCCCAGUCCAGGAGAAUACUGCGAGUUAUACUUGGGGAGAGUUCGGAAAGAAUCUGAUCAUUGGAAAGCUAGUUUAUCCAUGGGUCAGUGUCAGACAGGACAACGAGUAAAGGAGACUUUGGAUUUAUCAUCGGGAUGUGGAUGUGACCUACCAAAUUUAGUAGACAUUUUAGAUUUCAAAAUAGUUGAAAGAGCUGAAAAAGGUUGUAAAUUAGAAUUUCAAAAAGUUUUGUCAAUGACACUAUAUGCCAAAGGCAAUUAUGUGUGGGCCCUUAAAAAAUCCGAAGAAAAAGUUGAUCUAGCGGUCACAAGUCAAUUUCAUACGACUGGAAAGACCAGUGUUGUCUUGGACCACUAGCACAGUGCUUGCUACCAGCGGUACUGCAGUCGGUCACUGACAUAGACUGAGGCUGCAGGCCUGCUCAUGGACUCUUAAAAAUGGGAAAUAAUUCAAUUGUCCAUUAGCGGUUUAGAUGUUGUAAACAUGUUCAAGCAAUGUGC